CUCAUCUGUAACAUUUCUCUCAUCUGCAUCUCAGGAUCGCCAUCCCUUCCGUCUUUCUCCUCCUCCUCCUUCCUCCUCCCCUUCCCCCCUCCUCUCUCUUUUGUUCUCAACAAUCCCAUAGUUCGCAUAUCGCUAAAUGUCAGCAACAGGCCUUGGACCAAAACCUGUCCCAAGCGUGCUGAUCGUCGGAGGCGGCCUCGGUGGCCUCAUGCUGGGCAACCUGCUGGAGCAAAUCGGUGUUCCUUACCAUAUCUUUGAACGGGCCACCAAGCUGCGCGCUCUUGGAUCUGUUAUGACUAUUGGCCCGAACAUCAUUCCUGUCUUUGAGCAGCUGGGUCUGAUGGAGGAGAUCAAUAAGUUCUCGCUGCCCUGUUGGUCCCUAGAUAUGUAUAGCAGCGACAUGAAGAAGAUUGGUGCAAUCGAUCUGUCGUCGCAUAAAGCAGCUUCCGGAAACGAGAACUUGCUGUUUGCAAGGCCACAGCUUUACGACCUCAUGCUGAAGCGGAUCCCUGUCAACAAGGUCAGCAUCGCCAAAAAGGUACUCCGCUUCGAAGAAAAGGAAGGCAGGGUUAUCAUUCAUUGCUCUGACAACACCAGUUAUGAGGGAGAUAUCCUUGUCGGAGCAGACGGUGCCUAUAGCGGGGUACGCCAAAAUCUGUACAAGAAGAUGAAUGAGAAGGGCAUCCUUCCCAAGAGUGACCUUGAAAGCCUUUCGGUUGGAUUUGUAAGCAUGGUCGGUGUCGCUAACCCGCCGAAUCCAGAAAAGUAUCCGCAACUGAAGGACAACUUUUCUCACUACUCACAAGUUCUCGGACCUGAUGCUCGUAGUUGGGGUGUAUUCAGUGUGCCCGGCAAUCAAAUCUGCUUCGUGCUCAGCUCCCAGCUAUCGGCUGCAGAGGCCAAGGACCAGGCAUUCCGCAAUUCCGAGUGGGGUCCUGAAGCGAACGAUGCCAUGCUCAAGGAGUUCUAUGAGGAACCUUGUCCCUGGGGGGGCAAGAUGGGCGACGUCUUCGAUGCGACACCCAAGGACUUGAUUUCGAAGGUGUUCCUCGAGGAGAAGCUCUUCAAGACGUGGUACCACUCACGGACGGUUCUUAUUGGUGAUGCCUGCCACAAGAUGCUUCCGGGCGCCGGUCAAGGAGCGGUGAAUGCAAUGUUUGAUGCCGUCGUGCUUGCGAAUUGCAUAUACAACAUGCCCGAUGCAAGCGCGAGCAGUAUCGCGGGCGCAUUUCAAGAGUACUAUAAGCAACGCUUCAUUCGCACAGAGCUGCAGUUUGAGCGCAGCAGCAACAUGACCAAGACCAUCAGCGGCCAAGUAAGCGGACAGGAUUGCAACUCGCAGAGGAGAAAUGAGCUGGAGGUCUUUGUAUCGACAGCUGACAACUGUGUACCCUUUUUUUAUAUAUUGGAUAGUCCUGGUCAGACAGGAUGUUUCGCAAUAUGGUGCUGAAUUACAUGCCCAAUUAUCUCACGCAAUUGAGCUUCAUGAAGACAUUCGAGUAUCGUCCUCAAAUCAGCUGGUUGCCCCUGGCGGAAAACCGUGGCACUGGAAAGGUGCUUCCACAGGAGGGUGUAAGACGGCCUCUUGAGAAGAAGGCGCACAUUGUUUAGUUGCACGAGACAAGGGCUGCUGUGCGUUGAUAGUGCAGCUUGUACAGUCAUGUAAUAAACAAAGUGCAUCCAAUA